UAAUAACCCAAACCACAUUCAUAACAUCACUAAGAUAUGGGCUUACAAAUAUUUCAUUCGAUAGUAUUGCGGCAAUGACCAAAAACACCCUUCGCGCAUCUCGAGAUCUCUCCCCGAACGAAAGUUACAACGGCCGGUGUAAAUAGCCUCUGCUUUUAAGGGUAUUUUCGGAAAACACAGCUUUGAAACUCCCAAUGCUAAGCUAGCUUUGCUUUACUCUGCUGUCUUUUGCCCUUUUCUGUCAUUUCACACUAUUCUCUUCUUCUAAAAACUCUUUCGUCUCCUCUCUCUGUGACCGUUUCUCACCCAGCUCUCAUUUUCUCUCUCAUCUACCUCUUUACUCUCACUUUCUCUCUCUCUCUCUCCUCUUUCUUUUUCACCUCCUCGAGCGUUGGACGAAUCUGUUCAUUGCUUAUAAUUUUUCGUUUACGAUCGAACAAGAACUGAGAGAUCUGCUUUGGGUUUAAGCAGAGGUUGGUUUGUCAAAAUCUCCAGUUUCUCUCUUCAGAGUUACUCAACAAUGAAGUGAGAACUUCAAAAUUAAACAAAGAGAAAGCAGAAGAAAAGCUUGGAACUUUCGCAAAGAUGGAAACUGUGAAACCAAUGGCUGUUGCUCCCAAGGGUAAAUUCAGACGCACGUUUGCUAAAGUUCUGAACAUUCAUAAGCUGACGGGUGUUGCUCCGGAAGAGGAAAUGAAGAAGAUAAAGUUCGAUUCCAAGAAUGCGAAGUUGUCCGAGUCUUUCUACAAGCUUGAGGAAGAGUAUGAAAGGAGUCUGGCGUUGGAAGCUCUUCUUGCGAAGCUGUUUGCUACGGUUUCUUCCAUCAAAGCGGGGUAUGCGCAGCUGCAGCAUUCUCAGUCUCCGUAUGACGCAAUUGGGAUUCAAAAAUCAGACAACUUGGUUGUAGCGGAGCUGAAGUCAUUGUCUGAGCUGAAACAAAGUUUCUUGAAGAAACAACUGGACCCGAAUCCCGAAAGAACUCUGGUACUCGCGGAGAUUCAAGAGCUGAGGAGUCUACUGAAAACGUAUGAGAUCAUGGGGAAGAAGCUCGAGUCUCAGUAUAAGCUCAAAGACUCGGAGAUUCUGUUUCUGAGAGAGAAGCUUGAAGAGUCGACGAAACAGAACAAGUUGACAGAGAAGAGACUCAACCAGAGCGGACAGCUCUGCAAUCCUUUAGACAGUCUUCACCUGUCGGCGCUGAAUUCAACCCAUUUCGUCACUUAUCUUCACCACACAGUCAAAUCCAUCAGAGGAUUCGUCAAGCUGAUGAUCGAGCAAAUGAAACUCGCGGGAUGGGAUAUCUCCAUGGCUGCUAAUACGAUCCAGCCCGGUGUGUUCUAUUACAAGCAAGACCACAAGUGUUUCGCUUUCGAACAGUUUGUCUCCAAUGUAAUGUUCGAGGCGUUUCAUCUACCGUACUUCUCGACUUCAAGCGAUUCAAGAAGCCACAAGAAGAAGAGCAGAGCCGAGAGUGACAUGUUCUUUGAGAGGUUUGUAGAACUCAGGUCGAUGAAGUCAAAGGAUUAUAUCAAGGCACGACCUAAAUCGAGAUUCGCUAGGUUCUGCAGAAUCAAGUUCUUGCAGCUGAUACAUCCGAAGAUGGAGCAGGCUUUGUUUGGGCAUUUGCAUAUGAGAAACCAGAUUUCUGCUGGUGAAUUCCCGGAGACGAGCUUAUGCACUGGGUUUCUCGAAAUGGCGAAACGGAUCUGGCUCCUGCAUUGCUUGGCUUUCUCUUUCGAACCUGAAGCUGAGAUCUUUCGAGUACGCAGAGGCUGUAGAUUCUCUGAAGUGUAUAUGACAUGUGUAGCUGAAGAGGCGUUUUUACCGGCGGCGGAGGGUUCGCCGGAAUCUGAGCCACGUGUCGCUUUCACGGUGGUUCCAGGGUUUAGGAUCGGAAAAACUUCAAUACAGUGUGAGGUCUAUCUCUCGCUUCCGUCAUCGCCGGCAGAUCAAAGAAUUCAAAACGGACGGUGAGGGUUUCUUGGACGGUGGUGGGUCCAGAAGGGGUGAUUUGGUAAUUUCGUGAAAUAAUGGGGCUAUAUCUUGGAAAGUGGGAAAAAUUGUGGGCCGUUGGAUCUGUUAGUAGCGAAGUAAUGUAGUGUUUUCUCUGUCUUUUGAAUUUUGUCGAUAUUAGUACAGAGAAAAACAGAGGCAUCUCUUAGCUGUUGUCCAUUGAAUAUUUAUCUACUUUUCUUAAUGUAAUAUGUAAAUAUUUUAUGAUUUUCUAAUUUUGUAUUUUCUUUUUAGCCCUACUUUGGAGAAAUAUAAAAUGAAGAGAAUGACUGAAUUAAUAUUUCUGAUUUUAUAGGUGUUAAAAUGAUUGAAUUGCA